AUGAUACUUGCGCAUGAAUUUGGCAAUGAACAUCGUAGUGGUUCAAACAACAGAUGCAUUCAUUGUGCUCAUCUACAAUGCAAAGAAGGUGAAGUUGAAGAAGACGAUAUUGAAGUAGUAGUUGACGAAGAAGACAUGAUAAAAGAAGAAAUUGAAGUCGAAGAAAUUAAACAAGAAGAAAUUAGAGAAAAAAUGAUUUUUCAAUAUCCUCUUAACGAACAAGAUGAUUCUAACAAAUAUAUACUUCCUCACUAUGCCACUUCAACUGGAACAGAACGAGGAGAAAAAAGACCCGCUCCUUUAGUUCCUGAAUGUCAAGUUAAAAAGAGUAUGGCUGAUCAUCAUUCAUGCGAAGAACGAGCUUUAAAUACUACUUCCAACUAUAUUGACCAACCAAAAUUCGUCAGUGCGGCUGAGAUAGCUGCUGCAGCUCGUGCGAAUGUUCAUAUGGCGCCUGAAAUUUCUGAUGAAGAAUUGCUUGAAAUGGCUCUUAAAUUCGAAAAAGAAAAUCCCCAAUAA